AUGGCAUCUUGGCCGGGAACCCUCACGACCCGUCUGUCGCUGGCGCCGUUCGGGGUUAGGGGGUCCGACACUAGAAGCGAGGUCUACGCCAGGAAUUCGAAUCCGAAUCCGAAUCCUACCUUGGGGGAUAGCUCGCCAGUUCAGUGGGGCCCGCGGUGGAGCAACGAUGACCGGGUCCUGAGCUCCACGGCCUCGGGCACUCUACAGCCAGUAUCUCCCCAUCUGUCAGGAGCCUCGCCACCCCGCACAACGUUCACGGCCCCAAUUUUUGGAAUCAACGAAGCAGAAGAUGGUGGGCCGAGCGGAAACUUCGGGAAUGACUCCAAGGCACGGAACAUAGAGAACCAGCGAAAUCAAUCUCUACCGUCAUCCCAACACUCCUACCCCUUGGAGAAUGGACCGCCCGCAUGCGACAACAGUGUCAAGCUCACAGAACUUCUCAAGGAAGUUGUCACCCUGCAGGAAGAAGUAGCUUUCACGCGCGUCCGAGCUCGAGAUUUCCGGCGUGCUCUUAGACACAAACGGGAGGAGGAGGAUGAUCUGCGACUCGCGCUCCGCAACAGGCUCAAUUUGAUAGCUCCGGACGCCAUGCAUGAGGAGCUAACCACAAUCCACAUCGCAAUCCAGGAAUUGCAGGCUGUGACGGAAGCUUACCAGGUUCUCGAAAGCGACUAUCACAAGUUCGAAGACGAGCUUGGACAACGUGAAUCCAGCCUAGACAAGCGCAUGACAAGACUGAACCACAUUUUGCGCAAACACGCCUCCUUGAUUACCCAACAGCCCGAUGCCAUUGAUUCAGACUCCGAUGUGCUCCCGGACUCUUUGUCUACCGGGAAUGUGAACCAACUUUCCCCAAAGGUUGCAGAGUACCUCUCUCUCGUUGGCGAGGUGCGCAUGCUUCGCGAUCGGCGCUCCGAGCUGGAAUCCGAGUACCUCAAUCUCAUCGACCAACGGGAGCUCCGUGAGCGGAUUGGGAUAUCUCUUGAUCACGAGGCACUUGCCUUCCUGGCGGGCUACAACGAGGAAAGGGCGAAGACGGAAGCCGAACUGGACAUGGCACUCCGUCGAGCCAAAGCGCAUCCCGAACACAAUAACCAUGACGAGGCGGCCGGGCUGGAUGAGCAAUGGAAGCUAGUGGUGAAGGAUUUCCUGCCCACGUCUCCGGAGGAUCAACCGCUGCAGGAUCCAUUGCGCAUGACCGAGUUCGAGGACCGCUCGCCGUUCUUUGAAGAGCGUCGUGCUGUCCCGCUGAACAAGACAACGUUCGUGAACCGAUGGCUUCUUCACCGGUUGCGCCACUCCAGCUUCGAGAUGUUGCGAUACAAGUCGGAUCCUGAGCUAUUGGAUCUGAUGGGUCAGGGUUGGGAUGGGGAUAGCAUUAGUCAGAUGGCGUUGAUGCUGUGGUUCCGUGAUGAGACAGCCAGGAUGGUGGGAGUGAGAAGCACCUCUGCUGGUUAG